AUGGAAUUAAACACCAUUAUUGCUAGUACAGGUAGUAAUAAAGAAAGACGAUUGGGUAGUUCUCGUAACAUGCGCGACCACAUACACAUGUACGAUGGUGACUCUGAGAGUCAAUGGAAAGAGAGAAGAGAAGACAGAUCUCGUACCAUGCACGUCCACACGUACGAGUGGUGGCUCUCACUCCGAGAGCCAGGCUCGAAAACCAGCACCGCUAGUUCCCAUAACUUCGUGAAAGAUGUCCAUACAGAUGACUUCGUGAAAGUUGCCCAUACAGAUAACUUCGUAAAAGUUGCCCAUACAGAUGACUUCGUAAAAGCUGUCCAUACAGAUGACUUCGUGAAAGUUGCCCAUACAGAUGACUUCAUAACUUCGUGGAAAGCUGCCCAUACAGAUGACUCAGUGAAAGCUGCCCAUACAGAUGACUUCGUGAAAGUUGCUCAUACAGAUGCCUUCGUGAAAGCUGCCAAUACAGAUGACUUCGUGAAAGGUACCCAUACAGAUGACUUUGUGAAAGCUGCCCAUACAGAUAACUUCGUGGAAAGCUGCCCAUACAAUACAUUCGGUGACAACUUCGAUGGUUCACUUGUUAAACUCGACGCUGUUUUGAAGCCUAAAGGAGAAGGGAACCAGUUUUGCAGAGAAGACGGCCAUGGACAAGACUCGCCAUUUACGAUUGAAAUUCCUGCAAAACCGAUGAUGCGACAUCGUACUGCCUUUGACGUCAGACGCGGUCUCUUCUUCGGAAAGCGCCUUGCUGAUGUAGAUCUUACAGUAUCAACAAUACAGGCAGUCAAAAAGGCCAAAGACGUUUCGUCCAUAACUUCAAAAUCCAUCGAACGUUUAACAAACGGGAUCAUCAGCGCGGUCGAAACGCUUGAAACCGGAAAUGACAUGAUCGCUGACGGAUCAAGUAAAUACUCUCUUCCGACCAUUCCCGGAAAGCACCACGACCUGACGGCCAUCUCCCCGGAAGUGAUGGCUGACGUCAUUCGUGGAUGCUUCAAUGACAUUAUAGGUGACGUCACCAUUGUCGAUUGCCGGUAUCCGUACGAGUUCGAGGGUGGGCACAUCAGAGGGGCUGUAAACUUGUACACGAAAGAUGAGGUCAACAGCUUGCUUCAGACACCGCUAUCUAACGACAAGCGUCACGUGCUGAUAUUCCACUGUGAAUUCUCAUCAGAAAGAGGGCCUAAAAUGUUCCGGUUCCUGCGCGCGCAAGACCGAAUGUUGAACAGUGAGAGGUACCCGCGCCUGAACUUUCCGGAAGUGUACCUACUCCAUGGCGGAUACAAAGCAUUCUUCAACAAGUAUCAAGACUUGUGUGAUCCAAUCAGCUACAAACCCAUGUUGCAUAAGAACCACUCGGCCGACCUUUGUCACUUCCGGGUGAAGUCUAAAUCCUGGACGGGGGAGGACUGCAAUCAGACGACAAGCAGACGACACCGCAGUCGUCAAGGUCGCCAUCUUAGUUUCUGA